UUCCCUUUCCCCGAUUAACUGACUGUCAUAAUAACGAACUUUCAACACGAGUAAUAGAAUAUAGCUGUCGCAGUACACAAUAUGGCAUCGACGGCCUAUUUGACUCCGUUGUGGAACACAGAGAUGGAAUAUCAUGCGGCCUAUUCUCGGAAUGCCGAGUGGAAACAUUCCUGUCUGCUGGCUCUGGGAGUCGUCACGGCGCCAUGGGGCGAAGCAAUUGAAGACCCACCGCUCCGAGAAGAUCCGAACGCACCCUUAUUUUUGAAUCUGGCGCGGAGUGACCUCACGGAAGAACUGGAGGACGAUUCUACCCUUUCAAGAACGGCGGAUCCGUGGAUGGAAACUGCCUUGGAGAUUCACAAGAACAUGAAUCGCAUGGAGGCUUGGAUCGAUGACGUCCAAGCGGACUUUGUGAGCGUAGAAAUGGUCAACGAAGAAGCCUCCUUGAUCCAGUCUACCGUCACUUCCUACACGGCGACGACCGCCAACGAAGUUGAAACUCUGCGGAGUAUGAUUGUGCUCGCCAAGGAUGGGUCCGUGCGAGGCCACUGGCAGCAUCAUCAAAACGGUAUCGUGCAAAUUUUGUUGGAUCGCCUGAAGCAUAUAGCGAAAUUUUUUGGGGUACUGCAGCAGCAACGGAACCGGACGGCUGUCUGGUUAUGGCAGGACCCCCUCGCCUGCAAACUAGUUGCCGCGGUAGCCACGGAAAGCAGUCCACAAGACAAUCACUUGGAUGAAGUACUGGGCCUGUCCUCACCCAGUACCCAUCCAGGAGCAGUAAUGUCGCAACGGGAAAGGCGCUUUCUACCGACCCGUCCAAGUCAUUUGCUGCAGCGGAAUCUACUAGACUCGUAUCAACAACACGAAAAACGGGUCCGAGCUGCUACUCUGCAAACACAAAGACCGAAAUCCAUGUUUGGCGCGGUGAAACGAGCGCGACCAGUGAGCACUCUCGAUGCCAGGCAAACUAGCCCUUCCCAACAAACGACACCAACUUCUACGAAACGAUCCAAGCUUGGGCAUUUGAAAGAGCUGGAAUCGAUGGAAACGGAACCCUGGACGAAGAUUUCGGCGAUGGUAGUGUCGCAGGACGAUCCCGACUUGAACCAGCAAUACGAACAAGAAAACCAAGUGGCUUUGCAGCAAGAAGCUGUCUUAUUGAAAGCCAAAGUCGAAAACGACCUGGACGCGGUGCAAGCCAUGGAGCAGUCCAUGGUGGAUAUUACAGCGCUUCUGUCGCAAUUUUCCGAACUCGUCGCAUCACAACAAGAAAACGUUUGGAAUAUUCACGACGCUACCGCAACGACCAAGGAAAAUAUGGAACAAGGGCAGGAGGAACUGGUCGACGCUACGGCUCGGACCAAGGCAUCGCGGCACUGGACGGCCACAGGAAUUACCGCCAUGGGCCUGAUUCUGCUAAUCUUCCACUGGAUUCGACCGUAA